UCAAAUUCUAUAGUUCAUCCCACCUCUUCAACUCAAUGGCAACAUCUUUUUUCUUGUUCAUCUUGACAGCAACAUUCAGUUCCUCAAUCCUAACAACUGUCUUUUCAUUUGAGCCUGCUCCUCUACAAGAUUUUUGUGUAGCAGAUCCAUCUAACCUAGUUUUUCGUUUAGGUGCGGUUAGAGUAAACGGACUGGCUUGCAAGAACCCGUUGUUUGUCCAAGCUGAUGAUUUCUACUAUAGCGGGCUGCAUGUCGCCGGGGACACCCAAAACUCUUAUGGGUUUCGGAUCAGCCCAGUGUCCGUAUACCAGAUACCGGGGCUCAACACACUUGGGAUCUCAAUGAUGCGAAUUGACUACGCACUUUGGGGAGCUAACCCACCACACACUCACCCUCGAGCAACCGAAAUACUCACGGUUUUAGAAGGAACUCUUCAAGUUGGGUUCAUUACAUCCGACCCACAAAACCGACUCAUUACUAAAGUUCUUCAACGUGGUGAUGUGUUUGUUUUUCCAGUUGGGCUGGUUCAUUUUCAAAGGAAUAUGGGACUUACAAAUGCGAGUGCGAUAGCUGCGUUGAGUAGUCAAAAUCCCGGAGUUAUUAGCAUCACAAACUCAAUAUUUGGGUCUACUCCUCCCAUUUCAACGGAGAUUCUGGCACAAGCAUUUGGAGUUGAUAACAAAAUAGUAAAACUCCUGAAAAAGAAGUUGACACAUAUGUAAAACUUAGUAAGGAUGUGUGUGUUUGGAUGUUGGUAUUCGUGUUUGUGUUCGGUUUUCUGGAUCGCCUUAAGGAAAGUCUUUGAUCGCUAGGGGUCGGAUACUUAACCAGUAUGAUAAUAAAGUAUAGUACAAUUACCAAGA